AUGAUACCUUGCUCUGAUGCUUUUCGUCAUAUGACGGACGAAAGCUCAGCACGAGUUCACCGGAAUCGAAGGAGAUUGCCUCGGAAACAGUGUCCGCAUGAAUCUUCCAGUAAGCCAAUCGACAACUGGUCAAGAGGAAUUCGCCGUCGUCUUCUGGUGGAACCGACCUUCGAAUGUCUUCACCAAACACUUUCACUCGAAAUGGAAGUAAGCUCAACAAUGGCCAUGGUCAGUCGGACUGCUUGGGGCACCAAUCGCUUGUGUCCAAAGCACAAAAGAGUCAACCCAGUGCCUUCUCAAAUUCUGAGAAUGUAA